UCCCUCUCCUUCUAUUUUUCGAGUCGUGAAAUGUAGGCGCAGCGAGUGGCAGACGCACUCACUGUUGUCGCAUCUCAAGUUGCAGUUGCAGCAACAACUUUAGAAGGUGCCAAGGCUUGGCAACAUUCGAGCUUCCCCAACCUCACGUCCUCCAGUGGCAUCACCGAAGACAGCAAGACGCCCCCCACCACGACGCCAUGUCUCAACCUGUCCAGGAAACGCCUGCUCAGGCCUUGAUUCCAGACAAAGUACCAAAUGGAGAGUAUCCUCUCAUCGACAAUGACCCGCAUUUCAACCGUGUCAUGCGGUACACUCGCCCCACCGAUUGGCUGACUGGUGCGGCUGUUGGAGCUCUCAGUCCCGGGUUGAUGCUGUACUGGGAAAAGAUCUCGCCUUCAUUUGUGGGAAAGGGAGGUUUCGCUCCUAUUAUGCGCCUCUCCGGCGCUAUUGGAGUGACAGGAGCCUUUAUUUUCGCUUACUCGAGAACAUGUGCACGCUUCUACGGUGCGCGCGAAAACCGUCGUGAAGUCGAAAUGGACAUGAGGGAAAUGGUCGACAAAGUGAAGAGGGGCGAGCCUCUCUAUGGCACUUCCGAAAUGACAGACUACAUGCAGGGCGUGGCCCACAGGAAUUCGCGAUAUGCAGCCACAUUCUCCCACGUCAUUCUGUGGCCCAACUUCGUGAACCACCCCUACCACGGUGUGGACACGGCAAAAUACUAUCGGCAAGCCGAAUUGGAGUUGGAGGCAGAGAAGAACAAAUAA